AUGUCUAUGUUUUUCAAAGCCCCAUUGGAUAUCGAGAUUAGAUUGGAUAAUGAGGAUACUCGAAAGCAUGUUGAUGUUAAGACUCCGCAAGGAAGAUUGGAAAAACUUCCAAUUUAUAAGGAUGGGGAGUCUGUGAAGGGCACAGUUACUAUUAGAACCAGAGAAGGAAGAAAAGUUGAGCAUUUGGGUGUAAGAGUACAGUUACUUGGAUCAAUUGAAACAAAUACGGAUAGUGUAGUUUCGGACAAUUUUUUAUCUAUGGCCACUGAAUUGGCAGCUCCGUCGCAAUUGAUACACCCAGAAACAUACCCUUUUGAAUUUAGGAAUGUUGAAAAACAGUAUGAAAGUUACAGAGGGAAAAAUGCCCGGUUGCGCUAUUAUGUUAAGGUUACGGUGUCAAGAAAAUCAGCCACAGAAAUUACAAGAGAAAAGGAACUUUGGGUUUAUCAAAUAGCCACUCCGGCCAGCCAGCCAGCUUCGGAGGUGGGCACAGAUGCUAGGAACAGCCAGAUUGCACAACCAACGACUGUCAGGAUGGAUGUAGGGAUUGAAGAUUGUCUACACAUUGAGUUCGAGUACCUGAAAUCUCGUUUCUCUCUAAAGGACGUCAUAGUGGGUAGAAUAUACUUCUUGUUAGUAAGAUUGAAAAUCAAGCAUAUGGAAUUAUCUUUAAUUCGGAGAGAAACCGUUGGGGCCCCACCAAAUCAAAUAACUGAUAGUACCACAGUGGUGAGGUUUGAAAUCAUGGACGGUGCUCCUGUCAAAGGAGAAACAAUACCUAUACGUUUGUUUUUAGGUGGUUUUGAUUUGACCCCAACCUAUAAAGAUGUGAACAAAAAGUUCUCUAGUAGAACAUACUUAUCAUUGGUCCUAAUCGAUGAAGAUGCUAGACGUUACUUUAAGCAGAGUGAGAUUAUCCUUUAUAGAGACCUGUAA